UGUAAAAUGCGAAUCUGCCUUCACAAAUCUGCACAGAAACCAAGAGAAAAGGGAAAUGAGAUGAGAAAUUAGAAAAGACGAGUAAAAGCGUCAACAAAGGAAGCAACACAACGUCGUAGACAGCAGGAAGUGCAGACACUCACUCAUUCAACAGAGUGACAAACGAGAUUCCAAGCAGUCGACUCGCAGUGCACGCUCCAGUGUGUGCAAUUAAAUGGCAAAUGGCAGUGCUAACGAUGCGACAGCGGCUACCCAGGAGGAGCAACAAGCGCCACAUAAGGAGCAGCAGUCCCUACUGACAGGAGCAGGUCGAGGCAAGGGACCCCAGAGGGAGGAGCCAUGCUCGUCGUCAUCCAGAGGAGUUAACGACCUGGUGGCGGACCUCUGCCUGAAUGGGAGUUUGUCUGGCAGCGGCAGCAGUCGCAGUGAUUUCACGAAUACACGGGCCAGCACAUCCACCGGAGCUUCCACGGGAGCCACUGGAAGCUCCUUCUCCUCGUCUUCGUUCUCAUUCAAGCACUUUCUCAACAGCAGUGGCACUGUGACCGCGCCCUCAAGCACGGUAACGUCAGUGGAUACUACAGCCGCAGUUCAGACAUCGACGGGAGCCCGGCCCAAGGUGCCGCAGUCGACCUCGGGCUCGCUCAUGCAGCCACCGGACGCAAACGGGAGCAGUGCCUCCUCCAAGAUGAAGCGCUCUCCGCGCUUUAGUUCCUUUGACUCGCAGGCGAGUUUGGCCGAGUACGCGGCCUGUGGAGGAGGACCUGCAGCACCCAGCAGCAGCGGAUCCCGUCAGCGCCCGGACCUGCGGCUGGGCCAUGAUGAUGUCCAUGCCCUAGACAAUGACGACGACGAUCACGUAUCUCUGGCCCAGGUGCGAAACAACAAGCUCUUCGACGAGCGCAUAGACGAUGACAUCUUUCCGUCGGCAUCCUCAAAUUUGAAUUCAAGCAGUUCCAGCUCGCGGUACGUGCCGCGCUCCUACUCCAGCUACGACAUGCCGCCCCAUGUUCCAUGCCCCUCAUCCUCGCCUCGACGACGACCGGCCGGAAAUCGGGAUUUGCGUCCCAACCGGUUGGUUCUGACUGCUGCUCCCAAAAUGAAGCUGGACCUGCCCCUGGAUACAUCAAACAUGACAGCAUCCGGACCUGGUUGUGCUGUUGGUGGAGGCGGAGCAGCAGCCGCGCUGCCAGACUUUGUGCAGGACCACUUGCCGGAUGCGUGGUGCGCCGUACAGGAUGCACACCUGCGCUCGCCACCAAACUCUCCGUUGGGUGCUGCCGAGGCUCCUAGCGACGCAGUUGGUGGCGGCCUGCUGCCAUCAGCGCUUGCCUCGCUUGGCCUGCCUGGUGUUGCUUCCCUGCCCGGUCCACCAGGUGGAUCGUCGGGAGAGUCAGGCCCAGGGCCGUCCGCUGGUUCCACAGCCAAAAUGCUGCCCGACUUCCUCUCCGAUGGCCCCAUCAUUCACUCGUCCCAGCGCCUGGCUGAUGUGGCCAUUGGGCUGCCAUCCAAUUCUAUUGACUCGCCGCCCCAGGAGGCGGCCGGCCCGUUGCAGCUGUCGACAAUGCGCCAGGAGAACGAACGACUGCAGCGUGAGCUGCAAGAGACUCGAGUGGAACUGAAUGCUCAGACCAGGAGAGCUCACGAUUUUGAGCAGCAGCUUCUUCAGCUAUCGGAGGCCUCGCGACGGCGAGAGACGCUAGCCACGACGGCCAACACACAGAACACGCAGCGUCUGCGACGACAGGUUGCCCAGUUGGAGGCGGAACUCUUUGCUCUGCGUGGUGGCACGGAUGGCGCCAUGGGAGGAGCUAACGUCGGGACUCCUGGUGGUUCCAGUGGCAGUGGCACUGGCAGUAGCGUGAGUAGCACAACGCGUCCGUCCAGAACGCAUGAAGUGUCGCGGGAUCUACGGAGUGCCGCCGACAAUGCUGAACAGAAUUUAAGGCAACUGCUGACUGGCGUGGAAAAUCUGCGCCAGAUUGCGGCCAGCCUCGAACAGUCAACAGCCACACCAAGAAGUCCAGAUCUGUAUCCCGAAUUCAACUGAGCGACCACCGCAGCAGCAGCAGAAGAUUGAACAGAACUCGGAAAGAGCAGCAGCUGCUCCUCCUGUGUUUCGGUUAUUGUUGUUUGUGUAAUAAUUGCAGGCCCCGGAUGCCGCCUAGAGCUUGUUUUUAGAGAAAACCCGCCCCCGCGCAUAGUUUAUGUUUCUGGUCGUCUCGUAUAUUUUUUGCAAAGGGUUGCGUUAGGUCGGAUAGGUGUAAGGGUCGAAAGGAUGGACAAUGUGAGAAUCAAAGCGCAAACUCGUGAUGUUGAUUGAUAAAGGAAAAUACAUAUAUUAUAUUAAAUUACACUAUA